GACCGCAGCUAGGAGCUGCGAGUGAACAAGCAGCAUACCACAGUUGAGGUGGCUGCAAGUCGUGACUACGGUCGCAAUGCGACAGCAUGGCUGAAUCCUUUCCUUACCUCGCAGGAGAGUAUAACUGUUCAACUGUCCUAAAGGAGUACGAUGAGCUUAUCUACAAGAAAGUGGGAAGUGCAAGGUGGCCCGAAUGGAAGCACAAACCUGGCAUACCAACAUACGAACUGAUCGUUUCAGCAACAAAGGGAGUUCGAUUAGUCGUCAAGGAGCCACGAUUCGUAUGGGAAAUCACGGAAAGAGUUCUUGAGGUGCUCUUCGAUGAUAGAGAGACAUGGGAAGAGUUUUUCGAGCUCGACAGUCCGUUGAGGAAACUAGUGGAAGAAGCAUGCGGUACUAAAGUUCGAAUAAACAUCUUUCGAGCCAGAAAUGACUAUUUGAUUCAAGCUGCCAAGGCUGUAUACGACUGUGGCAGAAGCAAGAGGCCAACGAAAAAGCUUGCCAUCUCUCCACCCCAAAAGUCUCCGUCUAAAACCUCUCUCAUUGCGUCAAGUGCUAGUGAUACAUCUCUGACUAAAGCGCAUGUGACGUCACCAACAGAGAAGCCUCCUAGACUUCGAUCCCCACCUGACUCGCUGUCUAGUCCACCCAGUAAACUGAAUGUAAAAGAGGAGAGGGAAGUCGAUGGGUUUAACGUUAAUUAGUAAUUAGUAUUUUGUGACAAAUAUCAUGCAGGUAAUUAAUUAAUUAAUGCAUUGUGUGUAAUGAGCUUACGUCUGCAUCUACAAGAGUUGUUGAAUUCUAUUACCUACUGUACAGUACAUGUACCUAUACACUGUACAGCAGGAGAGCAGAAGCGUUUUUGAUAUAUCGGUUUACAGUGAAUAAUACAAUU